AUGAACCGCUACGCCACGCUGAAACAGCUGGGCGACGGCACCUACGGCAGCGUGGUCCUGGCCAAGAGCAAUGAGACUGGGGAGCUGGUGGCUAUAAAAAGGAUGAAAAGAAAGUUUUAUUCUUGGGAGGAGUGCUUGAAUCUGCGAGAGGUGAAGUCACUGAAGAAGUUGAACCAUGCCAAUGUGGUGAAACUGAAAGAAGUCAUCAGAGAAAACGACCACCUCUACUUUGUCUUCGAGUACAUGAAAGAAAACCUCUAUCAGCUCAUGAAAGAAAGGGAAGAAAAGAUGUUUUCUGAGAAUGAGAUAAGAAACAUUAUGUUCCAAGUAUUGUCUGGCUUAACGUUUGUGCAUAAGCACGGGUAUUUUCAUCGUGAUAUGAAACCGGAGAACUUGCUCUGUAUGGGCCCCGAGCUCGUUAAAAUUGCAGAUUUUGGACUUGCUAGAGAAAUCCGCUCUCAGCCACCUUACACCGACUAUGUGUCCACGAGAUGGUACCGAGCCCCAGAGGUUCUGCUCAAGUCCAACUCCUACAGUUCGCCCAUCGACAUCUGGGCCGUGGGAUGCAUCAUGGCGGAGCUCUACACCAUCAGACCCCUGUUCCCUGGCAACAGCGAGGUGGACGAGAUCUUCAAGAUCUGUCAGGUGCUGGGAACGCUGAAGAAGAUGGAUUGGCCUGAAGGCUACAACCUAGCCACAUCAAUUCACUUCCGCUUCCCAAAGUGUGUCCCCACCAGCCUCAGAUCCCUGAUCCCCAACGCCAGUGACGAAGCGAUCACACUGAUGAAAGACAUGCUGCAGUGGGACCCGGAGAAAAGGCCAAGCGCUGCCCAGGCGCUGCGGUAUCCAUAUUUCCAUGUCGGCCAGGCGCUUGGUGCCCCUCUGAAGUACUCGGAGCAGCACAAGGUCCAUGCAAAGGUGGCAGAGUCAAACACAGGACCGAAGCCUCUGUCUCUCUGUAAGACCGAGUCACAGACCUGCAGCCAGUCUCUCCACCAGCCGCUUCAGCAGAUCCAGAUUCCCCGAGAGCCAAACAUGCAGACAGAGGGCCAGCAAGAACCCCUCAGCCUGCCGGCGCGAGGAACUCCCACAAGAUCAGAGAACAGCGUCACCAGAGCGAGGACUGGACGUCGACGAUGGGGACAGACGUCCAUCAAGUCAGUCGACAGCUGGGACAACACCGACGAUGUAGAUGCCGGAGUUUCCAUCUCCAAAAAACCUACCAUCAGCUCUCUGAAGGACAGAGAUGCAUCCAGCUGUCGGUUAGCGCUCCUCAUCGUCACGUCAAGUUCAAAGAGCUGUACGGGAGGAGAGCCAACGAGCAACAAAGUGCCGAACACAGCGGACUCCACAGCCUUGUCUGCCAAGCAGCACUACCUCCGCCAGUCCAGAUACCUACCUGGCGUGAAUCCAAAAAGUAACUCGUCAGUAAGAAGCCAGGCGGCGGGAAGAAACCUUUGGGGCAACUCGUGUUUAACCAGCGGCGGACGGGGGCUGGACUUCCCUCUUCAUAAAGACUCCUUCACGAGCAUCUCCAACAACCCGACCAUGACGACGUUCGCGUCACCUUUUCAGAGGAGCGACCCAGGAGCAGCCAGACAGAUAUCAGGAGCCUCCGCCAUUGAUCUGUCGUCUGCUGCUGAUCUAACAAUUGACUCAAAAAUCAAACCAUCCAAAAACAAGGCCUCCUCAAAUGAAGUUCGAUGGAUGGAGGAGCAGAUCUUUGAAUGCUCAGAUCUCUUGCCCCAGCAGCAGCACCACAGGGAGGAACAGCCUCCCCAGGAACACAAACACCCAGCCGAUACACGGACGAGUGGACUGGACCGCCAAAUACGGAGGCCACCGGUAGCGCAGCUGUGCUCCACCAGUGACUCAUGGGAAAAAGUUCCCACUAAACUUUUCUCAGGAAUGUGCACUCCAGAGGAGACGCGCUUUGUGCUGCCAAAAGGACGCAGCAACAUUUCCUGCUAG